GCGCGGGCUCAGCUGAAACUCCGGAAUAGCAUUCGCUUCACCAUUGAGCGGUCCAUCGCAUUGCAGUCGCGGUUGUCUAACGACGAGGCGUCGCAUCCUACCAACAUCAUCUUGCUCACGGCAUCCCUCCUGGAACUCAAGGAAGUAGAAUUGAUCAAAAAGCGUUUGAAAGACGUCAAAGGCUGUGGUUCUGAGUUUUCCAUACAGGUAGUUCUUUUCGACGGCAAUCUGUCCAAGGGCGUGACGAGAUAUCAUCGCCAGCUAGACGAGCAACAAUCAGGCGACAGAGACAUAUACAGUACUAUCUCCUUCGACGAGACUAUACUUCUUCGCGAAGGCUUGAGCUCGAUUGCCCUGAAGACGAUCUUGAACGGUCACUCCAGAGAAGUCAGUCGGACGAAGUUCAGCGCGGAUCAAAAGUACGGCCUCCACGGGGGUGCCCCCUUCGACCUCCCAGCAGUUGCCGAACUACAGAAAGCUCUUGGACUUGGGACAAGCUGUCCCGACGAACAGACUCUCGGAUUCGUCGAUGUACAGGCGCCCGUAGUCGACUUGGAAAAGGCUCGAGACGGAAAGGUCUAG